UACAGAUUGUCCUAUAAUGACCUGACAGACAGUCCUGCCCCCACCUGGCAUCUGGAGAAUAAGAAAUAACCCGACACUGAGGGCACUGGACCUGUCUGGGAACAAUCUGGAGGGUCCUCAUUUCAGGGGAUCUGAUGGCGGCUCUGACAACAAGCCGGAUAGAGGGAUUACGAUUGGAUGGUAAUCACCUGACAGACAGUUCCUGCCCCCACCUGGCAUCUGGAAUAAGAAUAACCCGACACUGAGGACACUGGACUUGUCUGGGAACAAUCUGGAGGGUCCUCAUUUCGGGGAUCUGAUGGCGGCUCUGACAACAAGCCGGAUAGAGGAAUUACAAUUGUAUGGUAAUCACCUGACAGGACAGUUCCUGCCCCCACACUGGCAUUCUGGAAUAAGAAAUAACCCGACACUGAGGACCACUGGUCCUGUCUAGGAACAAUCUGGAGGGUCCUCAUUUCAGGGAUCUGAUGGCGGCUUCUGACAACAAGCCAGAUAGAGGAAUUACGAUUGGAUGAUAAUCACCUGACAGACAGUUCCUGCCCCCACCUGGCAUCUGGAAUAAGAAAUAACCCGACACUGAGGACACUGAACCUGUCUGGGAACAAUCUGGAGGGUCCUCAUUUCAGGGAUCUGAUGGCGGCUCUGACAACAAGCCAGAUAGAGGAAUUACAAUUGUCCUAUAAUCACCUGACAGACAUUUCCUGCCCCCACCUGGCAUCUGGAAUAAGCAAUUACCCGACACUGAGGACACUGAACCUGUCUGAUAACAAUCUGGAGGGUCCUCAUUUCAGGGAUCUGAUGGCGGCUCUGACAACAAGCCGGAUAGAGGAAUUACAAUUGUCCUGUAAUCACCUGACAGACAGUUCCUGCCCCCACCUGGCAUCUGGAAUAAGAAAUAACCCGACACUGAGGACACUGAACCUGUCUGAUAACAAUCUAGAGGGUCCUCAUUUCAGGGAUCUGAUGGCGGCUCUGACAACAAGCCGGAUAGAGGAAUUACAAUUGGAUGAUACUCACCUGACAGACAGUUCCUGCCCCCACCUGGCAUCUGGAAUAAGAAAUAACCCGACACUGAGGACACUGAACCUGUAUGGGAACAAUCUGGAGGGUCCUCAUUUCAGGGAUCUGAUGGCGGCUCUGACAACAAGCCGGAUAGAGGAAUUACAGUGAGUAUAACAGGACUGACUG